GCCAAGAGGAGACCGGGGAGCCAUGGCGGCGAUCGGCGUCCACCUGGGGAGCACCUGCGCCUGCGCCGCCGUUUAUAAGGAUGGCCGUGCGGAUGUUAUUGCCAAUGAUGCUGGUGACAGAGUUACUCCUGUUGUUGUUGCAUAUUCAGAAAAUGAAGAGGUGGUCGGUUUGGCAGCAAAGCAAAACAGAGUGAGAAACCUUUCAAAUACUGUAGUAAAAGUGAAGCAAAUUCUUGGGAGAAGCUCUGGUGAUUUGCAAGCUCAGAAGUACAUCGCAGAAAGUAAAUGUUCGGUCAUUGAAAAGAACGGAAAACUUCAUUAUGAAAUAGAUGGCAAAUUUAUUUCCCCUGAAGAAGUUGCAAAAUUAAUCUUCAGUAAAAUGAAAGAAACUGCUCAGUCUGCUUUGGGUUCCGACGUCAAUGACACAGUUAUUACGGUGCCAUUUGAUUUUGGAGAGAAACAGAAGAAUGCUCUUGGGGAAGCCGCCAUGGCAGCUGGCCUUAAUGUUCUAAGGCUAAUCCAUGAACCGUCUGCAGCUCUGUUGGCGUAUGGGAUUGGGCAAGAUUCACCCAACGGAAAAAGCAAUGUCUUAGUUUACAAACUCGGAGGAACGUCCCUCUCUAUCACAGUUAUAGAAGUCAACAGUGGGCUGUACCGCAUUCUUUCCACUAACACUGAUGACAGCAUCGGUGGGAUCUGUUUCACAGAAGCCUUAGCACAACAUCUGGCUUCCGAAUUCCAGAGGACUUACAAAUAUGACGUGAGAGGGAACUCCAGGGCCAUGAUGAAACUGAUGAACAGUGCUGAAGUGGCAAAGCACGCUCUGUCCAUGCUGGGAAGCGCAAACUGCUUUGUCGACUCCCUCUAUGAUGGAAUGGAUUUCGACUGUAAUGUUUCCAGGGCCAGAUUUGAACUGAUUUGUUCCGCAUUGUUUAACAAAUGCAUAGACGCUAUAAAAAAACUCUUGCAUCAAGUUGGACUGGCAGCAGAUGAUAUCCACAAGGUGGUUCUCUGUGGUGGAUCUGCUCGUAUCCCUAAGCUGCAACAGCUGAUCAAAGACCUCUUCCCCACUGUUGACUUGUUGAACUCUAUACCUCCAGAUGAAGUCAUUCCUAUCGGGGCUGCAAUAGAAGCUGGAAUACUGUUAGGAAGAGAGAAUCUCUCUUUAGACAAUGAGAUCCUGUCUGUUGAAUGUUCCACCAAAGACAUAUUGGUCAAAACAGUGGACGAGUCUGGUGCAGAUAAAUUUAUGGUGGCAUUACCAUCAGGAACACCUUUACCAGCUCGAAGGCAACAUAUUUUACAAGCCCCAGGAAACAACUCCUCCAUCUUUGUAGAAUUUUAUGAGUCUCUGGAAAAAAGCCCCAUAAAAGAGGAUGACAAAUUUGCACAGAUUGUACUCCAGGAUUUAGAUGUAAAAGAAGAUGGCCUGCAUGACAUACUAACUGUUCUUACGAUGAAAAGGGAUGGCUCCUUACAUGUCACCUGCACCGAUCAAGAUACUGGAAAAUGUGAAGCUGUUACAGUGGAAGUUGCAACAUAACCUUACUUGGAUAUUUUGAAAAGCUUUCUUUGUUGCCCACAAGUAUUCUGAAAGCGUUUUAAUUGAAAGAUGGUAUUUACAAUACUAAAAAAAAACAUUGACAAGAAAGUCUGCAGGCAUGUGUGUAGAAAGUGGGAAGACCGAGAGCGCGCCACAUGGCUAUAGAAGCCCACCGCUCAAAUUUCUACUUUGAACCAAAACAAACUUCAUAGAGUUUAUAAAAAACAGGGCAGGGAAUCCUGAAUCAGAGUUUUUCUACUUUCGGUAUUAUCCAGAUGGUUUUACUUUCAUUAACAAUGUGCACCGUUACCACUUGUGUAUGUGAAUAUUAAUAAAAUGUUUGGGUGUUUA